UGUCCUUUUCGCAUUCUAAAUAAGCAAUAACAAUAGGCGCACUCGGCGAAAACAACAAGUGCAAUUGAUAAAAAGCAAUAACUAUUACAAUUCGCUAUUGAAUAAUAUCCCCCUGCAUAUCAAUAAAUGAUUGCAUCAGUGUUAGUGUGUGUGUGCACGUCUGGUCCCGUAAAAAUAAAUAAAAGUGCAAGAAAUUGGCUGGCUGUGUGCUAUUUUUAAUGCCCAUGCAAAUGUUGCAACAUUCCGUGUGAGACAGACUGGGAUAGCGAUAGUGCUAAAAUAACUCGCUGAAAUGCUCCGUUGAAAAAAACAAAAAGCAACCAUAACAAAAAUAGUGCCGAAAAUAAUCAACAAACUUGCAAGUGAAAUAUUAAUUACAAAUUAGAAACACGGCAAGCGAUCUCUGGAAUGCGAGAGCAGUAAAGAUUGCGAUUGGUGGAGACAGAGAAAGAGAGAGUCAGAAGUGAGCGCAGUGAACAGUGUUGCCGAGCUGCAACCAAAUUGCAAGUGUAUAAAAGUAGAGCCCAAAACGGAGUGAAAGAUAUUUAUAAAUGCAAUUAAAGCAGUCACGAGUGAAUUCGAGGGAGUGUUAAUUGCUAAAACAAAAAAAAGAGUAGAGACCGUGUUACCAAUGCAUCCGAGAUACAGCCCCGCACCGCCCCCUCAACAACAGCAGCAACAGAUGGGUGGCGGUCCACAUCCCCAGCAGGGCGGUGGCGGUGGAGGAGGCGGUAUGAGGGGGCCGGCGAACGCCCAGCAAUUGCCACCGCAGAUUCCGCGAUCCCAGAACUAUGCAAACGGGAGCUCGUCUAGCGCCGCCGCCGCACCACCAACACCGCGCAGCGCCUUCCCCGGCGCCCCGCUAACCGCCUCAGCCGUCGCACUCAAGGGCGCCCUACCUCAGCGUCCCCCGGCCAUGACCAGUCCCGCAGCCGCCGCCGCUGGCGCCGCUCUGGCCGCUGGUGCUCCGUAUCGAGGCGCCGCCAGCUGGACCCCGCAGGGUUAUGCCCCAGCAGCUGCCGCUGCCGCAGCCGCUGUUGCCCAGCAGGCAGCAUACCGUUAUACGGCGCCGCUUCCACAACCGGCGUAUGCCGCCUAUACGCCGCACACGGCCACCACACCGGCCACAACCACGUACGGCCAGCGAGUGCCGACGGCAGCCUCACCGAGCAACACCAACUCGAGCAGCUCCUCGAACACGGGCUCCCAGAGCGGAACGCUGAGCACCAGCCUGAGCAACACGACGAAUACCAACACGAACAUGGGUCCCAACGGCACGGCACAGAAUCAAAACCAGCAGGGCGGCGAGCAGUUGUCCAAGACAAAUCUCUACAUACGCGGACUGCAGCAGGGCACAACCGACAAGGAUCUAGUUAAUAUGUGUGCACAAUACGGAACAAUUAUAUCAACCAAGGCUAUUUUAGAUAAAACAACAAACAAAUGUAAAGGUUACGGCUUCGUCGACUUCGAGCAGCCAGCCUUCGCCGAGUGCGCCGUAAAAGGAUUGCAGGGGAAGGGCGUGCAAGCUCAGAUGGCCAAAGUGGGUAUCUGGGUGCUUCAUAGGCCGGCCAUUCAACAGGAACAGGAUCCCACAAAUUUGUAUAUUGCAAAUUUGCCGCCCCACUUCAAAGAAACUGAUCUGGAGGCAAUGCUAUCGAAAUACGGACAAGUUGUUUCGACCAGAAUAUUGCGUGAUCAGCAGAUGAACUCCAAGGGCGUUGGCUUUGCCCGCAUGGAGAGUCGCGAAAAGUGCGAGCAAAUCAUUCAGAUGUUCAAUGGUAACACAAUACCGGGUGCCAAAGAUCCCCUGCUGGUUAAGUUUGCCGAUGGUGGACCCAAAAAGAAGAAUCUCUUCAAGACGCCCGAUCCGAAUGCGCGUGCGUGGCGCGAUGUCUCUGCGGAGGGUAUACCCGUGGCCUAUGAUCCCACCCUGCAGCAGAAUGGAGUUAGUGUUAAUGUUGGCACACCCAUUGGUGUUCCAUAUUCCCGCUUCAGUGCCCCCCAGGUGGGUGGCUAUCCAGUGGCUGGCUCCCAAUGGAUACCCGGUUAUAUGAUGACCCAACCGAUCACUCAGGUAGAUGAUCAGUACAUGCAAAUGGCGGCUGCCCCUCAGUUGGGCGUUACCUCGUACAAACCGGAGGCAGUGAACCAGGUGCAGCCACGCGGCAUCUCGAUGAUGGUCAGCGGCGACACGGGCGUGCCAUAUGGAACGAUGAUGCCCCAGUUGGCCACUCUGCAGAUUGGCAACUCUAACUUUUCUCCAUCGUUACAGUAUAUUAGUCCAACUUACCCAUAUUAUGCACCACCACCAACUAUUAUACCAACAAUGCCAAUGACAGAUUCCGAACAGGCUAGCACAGCUGCAUCACCCGACGAGGCAUACACACAGUAUCCACAUCAAGCCGCUCCCAAAUAGGUCUUCGCGAGUACAGUUACUAAGCAGCCUAAUCACUGGUAACCCUUACUAGCUAUAAUAUAUUAGUACCCCAUUUGAGUACUAUAUAAUAUCGGACGAGAGUGAGAACGUGAUGCCCGGUGGAAGCCAAGGAGGGACGAAAAUCAAGAGAAAAACGAGGAUAAGAAAAAAGGAGUCAACAACAACAACCACCAUAUGAACAACAACAACACACCACAACUAGCGGAAACAACAAGCAACAUUCGGCAGAAGAAACCGGGAAGCAGAUGCAGUUCGCAUAAUUAAAUCUAGAGAAAACCUGCAAACCCCAAAAAGAUAAAAAAGAAGAAAAAACAGAAAAUUAUGUAUAAAUAAGAGAAAGGAGGUUGGGAUACGAGAGGAUAAAGUUUAGGGGUUACACACGAGCAAAAGGUGAAGCCGCCGCCGCCGGUCUCGAAGUAAACGAGCGCUGAAGACGCGAGUAAAAAGUGAAGAAAAGCAAAGACUAAACUUAAAUAAUAGAGCAUAGUUAUACACACUAAAAAAAACAACAACAACAAGCGAGAGCAGCCGCAAAAGCAGAGCUGAAACAACAACAAACAGCAGCUAACAACAAAAAAAAGAAAGAGCGCAGUCGAAAAUAUUUACAAAAAGAGCACUGCAGGAUGCGUAGAAUCCGAGUUGAAGAAGCUUGAGUCAAAGUUAAAGGAAGAAAGAGGAAAUCUGGCGAGAAAAAACCAAUCGCAGAUUAGAGUUAAGUUAAUUUUGUUAAGCGAAAGUUAGAGGGAGAAGAAACAGUUGCAUGAUGGGAAAGCCGAGUGGAAGAAGUGAUGUAAAAAUAGAGGAAGAAACUAUUUUGCUAAUUUUGAGCUAGCAAAAAAAAAAAUUAAAAAUCUAAACAAAAAAAAAAAAAAAAAAACAAAAUACAAAACCCGUAAGCAGAGAGAAAUUUUGUGAAGUGAAAGAGAAGAAACCCAAAAGCAGAAACAGAAAACAAAAAUAAAUGUGUGUGCAAUGUAUGUUAAAACCGUAAAACAAAAAACAGAGCAAAUAAAAACGAAACAAAAGUCAUUUCGACUCGAUGAUGAUGAUGAUAUAAAACCAAGCAUGUAACUCUUAAGUCAAACUUUUGGCAAAGAAACGCGUAAAAAAGCGAAACUUUUUUACCUUUUGGCGGCAAGAAGAAGAUUUUUACGAUAAAGAAACUCGGACCUUUGUUUCUGUUCUGUUUGUCUAAUUUGUAA